CGGGCGUAGGUGGUGGGGGUGAAAGAAGGAUUGGGGGGUGGUCGGCUUAUGGCGGAUGGGUGUAGGUGAUGAAGGUGGAAGAAGGGUUGGGGUGGUMGGCUAUGGUGGAUGGGUGUGGGUAAUGGAGGUAGAGGAAGGGUUGAGGGUGGUCGGCUAUGGUGGACGGGUGUGGGUGAUGAAGGAGGAAGAAGGGUUGCGGGUGGUYGGCUACGGUGGACGGGUGUGGGUGACGGAGRAGGAAGACGGGUUGGAGGUGGUCGGCUAUGGUAGACGGGUGUGGGUGAUGGAGGAGGAAGAAGGAUCGGGGAUGGUUGGCUAUGGCGGACGGGUGCGGGUGAUGGAGGAGGAAGAAGGGUUGGGGGUGGUCGGCUAUGGUGGACGGGUGUGGGUGAAGGAGGAGGAAGAAGGGUUGGAGRUGGUCGGCGAUGGUGGACGGAUGUGGGUGAUGGAGGAGGAAGAAGGGUUGGGGGAGGUCGGCUAUGGUGGACGGGUGUGGGUGAUGGAGGAGGAAGGAGGGUUGAGGGUGGUCGGCUAUGGUGGAUGGGUGUAGGUGAUGGAGGUGGAGGAAGGGUUGGGGGUGGUUGGCUACGGUGGAUAGAUGUAGGUGAUGGAGGUAGAAGAAGGGUUGGGGGUGGUCGGCUAUCGUGGAUGGGUGUAGGUGAUGGAGGUGGAAGAAGGGUUGGGGGUGGUCGGUUAUGGUGGAUGGGUGUAGGUGAUGGAGGUGGAAGAAGGGUUGGGGGCGGUCGGCUAUGGUGGAUGGGUGUAAGUGAUGGAGGUGGAAGAAGGGUUGGCUAUGGUGGUCGAAGUUGGAGGAGCGGUGGCGAUGGCGAAAGCUCGACGGACGCAACCUAACUCUUAGCCUCGUGUCC